UGCAGUAAAAAUGUUAUUAAUAACUGAUCGAAAAAUUGGCUGUCAAUUUAAUGAUGUACGUGAUGUAGACAACGCGCGUAUAAUUAUUAUCGUCGCUAUCGAUAUACUACGGGAAAUUCGUAACAACCCGUAUUAUCUAGAAAGUUCAUUGUUCAAUAUAAAGAUAAAUCACACUGCCAACGAACUCGCGAUAUAUUUCACUGUAUUCACUACAGUUUUGAUUUACGUAUUGUCACAACGUAAUAUUUGACGCAAACACGAGUUUAUAAAACAAAAAUGAGUUCAAUUUUAAAUUUUUUUAAACCAACGAAUAAAAAUACUACCUCAGUUCCGAAUGUUCCAAUUGAUGUGGAUUUAGACAAAUCGUCCGUAGACAGUCCAUCAACAAAAAAACGAAAACUCGAGAUAGUAACAUCUGAUGCAACCGAUGCAAGUCGUAAUACUUUUCCAAAUGAUAUUGCAAAUUUUUGUCGAAAAAAUUUGAACGACAUUAAAAAAUACGAAGUUCUUAUGCAUUAUUGGAUACCUGAUAUAGACUUCAAGUUUCCGACUAGUGGCAAACGAAAUUGGAAAUUUCAGCAUUCGUGGUUACGCUCAUUUGUGUGGUUGGUGUAUUCUGCUGCAGAAGACGGAGCUUACUGCCGUUAUUGUGUCUCGUUUGGAUCAAAUUACAUAGGAAAAGGAGGUCAUCAAAACAUUAAUGUAUUGGUUCAUACUGCGUUUCGAGAUUGGAAGAAAGCACUCGAAAAAUUUAGAGAACACCAAACAAAAAAAUAUCACCUUGACGCCAUGGAAGAUGGACAAAAUUUUAAAUUGAUUUAUGAAAACCGAAAAAAUGACGUGAUCAGCGAAAUUGACAAAGGGCGAAAAAUGCAACUACUUGAAAACAGACAAAAGUUAAUUCCAAUCAUUCGAGCCAUUUUGCUGUGUGGAAGGCAAGGAUUACCAUUAAGAGGUCAUCGAGAUCAGGGUUCUUUAUCAUUAAAAAUGCCGGAAGAAAACGAUGGAAAUUUCAGAGCAUUACUUCGUUAUGCUCUAGACAGUGGUGAUCAAAUUUUGGCAAAUCAUUUGAAUACUGCAGGAUCAAAUGCAACAUAUUUAAGCUUCCGCAUUCAAAAUGAAAUAAUUGAUAUAGCUGGGAAACAAAUAACAACAAAUAUCGUACAACGUGUAAAUAGAUCUGGAUGCUUUUCUGUUAUUGCUGACGGUUAG